UAAAAGAACAACGCAAUCCUGCAGGAAGCAGACGGAGAACCUGGCUGCUUACUGAGCUAACUAGUUAUUUAACUACCUGGCCCACCGUGGUCGCAUCCGCUGCUGACAUUUAACUAUUGGCCACCAGAGCGCUAGCCUGGCGACCGCAAAUCUGGGCGCCAGAUGAAGGGAUGGACCAACGAGGAUACGAUUGGCGUGGGUGUGUGACUAGCAUUGGAGCAGUGAUAAGUUGCUAUUUUAGGAUCCAGAACACAAAGCUCGUCUCAAUCUCCUGCCGGCGGUCGCAUCUGCAAUGGCCAACUUUUCAUCGGUUCUUCAGGAUUAGAGAGGUCGAUCGCGGCGAAUCCCAUCACGGCACUUCUGCCAGCAAGGGCAUGGUUAUAGGUCCUAUUUCCUGCAGAUAUUGUGAAGGUUACAGAAACUGCUUGCAAUUUAUCUCCCAGUUCCAACACAGCCCCAAGACAGGGCCCAACUCAAGUUCGGCCUUCUUGUUAGUUGCGGGCUCGGAUGUACGCACACGAAACAAAGACGAGACAAAUGACAUUCCCAACUACCAACAUCGCCAUGACAUGUGCGGCCCUACCAGAUACUUUGAGCCCUACCAUUGAUGAUGUGUAGUUGCAAGGAAUUCUCGCCACGGCCAUGGAAGACGGUGAUUCUAAUUCACCCUGGAAUCGUAUCGAGAAUCCCGCCAGUGUUGAACCAGAUAUGACCCUCGAUGCGGUUGCAAGUCCAUUGACGCCCUCCCCUGCUGAUGACAGACCUCCCUCCUGGAGGCCUUCAACAAGCGAAACGCGACAGCAGAACGAUGGAGGUUCAAAAAAUCCUCAAUCCCAGGGCUGUGAUUUACUAGGUUCUCUUCCACAUCAAAUAAUUGAGAGGAUUUUGUAUACUGUUGACGCAAACGCUUUCGCGUCUCUCGCUCUGUUAAAUAGGAAAUGGCGGACAGUGUCUGAUCUUCCUGAGCUGUAUCGCUAUCAUCUAGAUUGUUGUACAUCCACUGUUUUGCGAAACAAUGACAGCGUGCAGCGCCCUUGGAUAUUAGAAGAUCUCUGGCAGUUGAAGAGGAGGUUUGCCCGCGAAACUAGGAGAAAUUUGUUCGAAUCAUUUCUCAGACCCCAAAAAACCCUGAUCAAUCUCAUUUCGGCUUCAGCAUGUUCAUCAUCCGCGUUUCCCCAAGGAGAAGCUUUUCAGUUUACUUUCUCGGCAAAUGGGCGACAAUUACUGGCGUUAAGUUCGUCUAGAAUUUUCGUGAUUGACUUAUCCACAGACCCAAUAUCUGUUUCUUACGAAUUAAAGACUCUGCGACGGCCUGUCACGGCUGCAAUAGUCGAAGACGCAAGCCUAUUGGCGGUGGUUUCCUCUAUUCACCAAGCGAAUGUUUAUCGCCUCAUUAAUGGGAAUGUAAACCUAAUCCAGGCCAUUACGUUGGACAAUGUUCCCCGGACAAUCUCCUUAUCUCCCGAAGGGACAGUUUUAGCUAUUUCUUAUGAUGGCGGUAUCGAGGUGCAUGCUUUGGGGGAGAGGGCACUGGCAACUGAUCGCAGGGCUGUGCGAUGUUUUCAUACCGAUAUGUUAUCGUUCUCACGGGAUGGUUUGAUGCUAGUUGGCUCGUCAAAUGAUCCUCUCGAGGCCAGAAUGGUAUCCAUCUCACCACCUCUUUAUAUGGACCUAGAUUCAGAACUGCCUUCGCCAGAGCUGCAGUCCCGAAUGUGGACAACUCAGAUAUUAUCUCCGGACAUCACGAUUGGUUACAAUAACGUCACACUGAUUCCGUCGACAGUUGCUGAUGAAGGCGUUACUUGGAUUGUUGGAUAUGACACCCAGUUGCAAGUUUUUCGCCUUGGCCAAAUCGAUGAUGCGCGGGGUGGGUUUACGUACUUCGUAGGACCUGGUGGAGACGGUGAGAUAAAAGAACCCGGCCCAUGCUUUGCCCCUACGGCAGGCUGUAAUGGGGAGCUAUUGGUAUUGGGUUUCCAAGAUUCCGGGAUGUGGCUAUACGGCAUUCCAGAUGUUUCGGAUCGACCGUCAGCACAAAAUGUCGUCCUAGAAAGAAAUUGGGGUUCACGGCCAGUUCGUACAAAUUCACAGAGGCUCAACAAGGUGGUAAAACCGCCCAGUCACUUGAUCCAUGGGCGGUCCCUAUCAUCCAUGAAUGAUAUCACGGCAAUAAAAUGGGUAGACGGCGUCAACCUAGGAAACCCUAGAGAGAAACGUUUCCAGCGGCUCGUGGCAGCAGCUCCUGGGGGUGUUAACUCUUUCCUGGGAGAAAUGGGCGAUGAUCUUCUGCCAGUAGAUGGUGGCAGGAUUGCCAUUUUUGAUUUUGCGCGUUCACCGACUAAUGGAAAGGCAGUUGAGUUGACAAUUGAAGUGGGCGAGGCAGAGCCCAUACCAUUACCGGAACGGGAUUCAAGCAUGGCUGUCGAGGUUGAGCUAGAGAGAAGGAGGACGCGGGUUAAUAGACGUGGCGGACUGGGGCGAGAUCGUAAUGCUGUCAUUGAGCGCUCUGGUACGCUCGCUAGGCAUCGUGCGAGUAUUGGAAGUUCGCAUAUUGAAACUCCACCGGUCCCAACCAGGGGGAAUCGAAAUAGUUUAUCGCAGCCUAGUUCCCCCACAGAUCUCACCCUAUCUGUUGACCUCCAGGCUAUCGAGGUUCCGUAUUCAAACACCCAGCCACGGUCCCAAAGCCUUCUUAAUGGAGCCGCUACCGCUGCAGCCAACAGGAAUCGCUUCCAAAAUGCUCGCUACGCAAAUUCAGUCUUAGUAAACCGGCGACCAGUGGUACCACACGAAAGUGAUGCCGAUAACUGGGUUCCUCCACCACCGCCUUAUACCCCCGACGCAGAUCAGCCUCUCCCGGAUCAUAUUCAAAGAACGUUGCUACCCUCGCCGACCAACCCCGCCCCACGGAUGCGUAAUGGAAAUGCUUCCCGCGACCUCCGACGGACACAAACAUCCCGAUUUGGCUCUAUCUCACAGAACGCUAUGGAACGAACGAGGUCAACCAUGGAGCGUAUUCCUGUUCCUAGGACGAGGGCAGGACAAUCCCCGGAUACCCUGCGCCAAGGUAAUCCACUCGGAAGGAAUAAUACCUCUCCAUACCCUCCUAGUCAUGCAAGAGCAGCUACCGAUGGCGUACCCGGGACGAUGACUCCAACCGAGAUUCAGUCUAGUGAACGCCGUCCGAUAGUGCCACCCGUGCUGAAUCAUAGAGGUGGCUCUGCGCCAACUAACCUUUCCCUUCCGUCUCAACCGCUUGUUGUAAAUACACAAAUUUCACCGUCCUCGACAGAGCUGCCCCGGCCUAGGUUCCCCCACGGCUCAUCUGCGGAAAAUUCGUCCCCAAUUUCACCUAUGGUUUCUGGGUCUUCUUUAGGAGCUACCCAUAUGCCAGUCCGAGUGAUUGGUAGAAACGGCCCUACCAAUCAAUUUGACUUACAAGCCAAUUCAGCAUCUCCAUCUGCCACUUCUGAUACACACCAACACGGACGCACGGGAAUCAGACGAUUGUCCGCUACUGAGGAUACUAUAGACGGGUCCCAACCAACGGCAAGGAAUUUCAAUGCUAGUUCUUCCCAACGUGGACAGUCAACUCAUUUGAGAUCAUCGCAAUUGGAUUCAAUAAGCACACACCCCAUUCCCCGCCAUACCAUUCCUCCCAACAAUUCACCUGUUAUUACAAAACCCCAAGCUCUAUCUUCCCCCCACCUUCAGUCUCAUGAACCACCUCGCCGUAUGGAGACCCUCUACACCGUCCGUUCAAACCAAGAGACUCACCGAUCUAGACCAAGAUCCCAAGACAUACCCCGCCGCAGGUUCGGAACGGGUGGCGCCUUUUUCGACCCCCGCUCAGGGCGAAUGAUUUCAAGUUCUCAUUCUGAUGCAGAGGUAGGACAGCGCCGGAUGGCUGAAGAGUUGAGAGGUGGAAUGACCGAAUGGAGCGAUGCUGAUGGGGAGAGGAGAAAGAGAAGGGAGGGUAGGUGUUCAAUUCUGUGAGAAGCACACUGUAUUGGAGGGCAUUGAGAGCUCCGAGAACGACUGACCGGAUUCCGGGUUUAUUUUUCUUGUUCCCUGUUUCUCCUCCGGGCAUUCAAUCUCCUGAUUCUGUUCUGCUUUCUAUACGUCCGCGAGUGGCUGUGUCUUUUUUCUUUUUCUUUUUUUUUUUUUCUCUCUAUUAAUCAAGGCGUUGACAUACCCUACCCGGCAGGAUUUUGUGACACUGUUUAGCACUCUUUUCGUGCUUUGCUCUACGACGUUCAUUCGCGAUGCCUUUGGUUUCGUUACUCCCCUCGUAACCUUUUCCAUUACAUGCCUGAAAUUGACCCGCCCCGCGACAAACAAACACACCCACCAUACAAGCCUUUCUCCUCCUGCUCCCCUCCCCUUGUCCCUUCCACUUUUUCUCUCCAUUUAUACAUAGGUCUUUUUAUUUUUCAAUUUAAGUGUUUUUAUCUCUUUUUAAUCAUUUGUAUAUACCCCACACAUCUGGAAGAGAAGGGAAUCUCUGGAUAUCUUUCUGGGCGCUCGAUGAGCGUUAGGGACAAUGUCAGCGUGCCAACUCGUUUAAUGUGUAUGGAGAUCGACAAGCUGUAUUGAGAGAUGUAGUUAUUUCUACUGAGUAAAAUACAAUGUCGUCUCUCGAGCAUCUCUCUUUCAACUGAUC